AGAUCUCCCGUCCUCUCUCCCUCCGCCACCAUGGGGAAGACACGUGGUAUGGGAGCUGGGCGCAAGCUCAAGACCCACCGCAGGAACCAAAGAUGGGCUGACAAGGCAUACAAGAAGAGCCACUUGGGCAAUGAGUGGAAGAAACCCUUUGCUGGAUCAUCUCAUGCCAAAGGCAUUGUUUUGGAGAAGAUUGGUAUUGAGGCCAAGCAGCCUAACUCUGCCAUCCGUAAGUGUGCCCGUGUUCAGCUGGUGAAGAAUGGGAAGAAGAUUGCUGCCUUUGUGCCAAAUGAUGGUUGCUUGAACUUCAUCGAGGAAAAUGAUGAGGUGCUGAUUGCUGGAUUCGGUCGGAAGGGGCAUGCUGUGGGAGAUAUUCCUGGUGUCAGAUUCAAGGUUGUGAAGGUGUCUGGAGUGUCACUGCUCGCACUUUUCAAGGAGAAGAAGGAGAAGCCGAGGUCUUAGAUUACUUUUGAUAGGCAAAGGUUGGAUUAGACUGUCAAGGCUCUAGAUGUUUUGAGUAGGAAAGCACCUUGCUAUGUCGGAAAUCCCCAUGGUAUAACUCAAGCUGUAUAAGCGAGAAUUGUUCCUUCUCAGCUGUUGCUUUGGUUAACAGUACUAUUAAGAGUUUUGUUUCCUUGAUUUGGACAUAUUAAUAUUGUGCUCGCUCCUCCCUUGUUUGCUAA